AAUAAUAAAAAAUAAUAUUAGUUGGUUAAAAAAAAAUUCGUGAUUUACAUUAAUCGGGCAGGACAAAGCAUUGACCGGGCAGUGUAUACAUUGCCCGGUAUUCCACAUUGCUCGUAACAUAAUAUAUAUUUACAACAGCAAAUUAAUUUAUAAUAAUUAACAUUAUUCAUUACUAAUAUUUAAGUUCAACUAUAUAAAUUCUCGUAAAUUAAAUUUGCGGAUAGUAUUCAUAUUAUAGUAUCUAUACAACAACAAAAAAAUUUCACCAUCCACGGCUUAGCGCCCCCCAAGUCGUGGCGCCUCUAGGCUAUAGCCUAGGUAGCCUAGUCCUAAAUCCGGCCCUGAAUACCUAUUUGUUUUAUUAAUUGCAAAAUGUAUAUUAAUGUUUUUGCCGUUGUCGGUACCUAUAUUAUAAUAUUACUAUACAAAUAUAUUUUUAAAGUUAAGAGUUAAUUAUUGAUUACUUAUUAUUUAUGUGGUUUUUUUUCAAUUCACAGUAUAAAACACUAAUCACUAUAUGUCUAUACAAUAUUACAAUAUAUAAAUUAAUUUAUCUAUGAACCUACUAUUCAUAUUUAUUCGCUCAGACAGUAUUUAUUGUGUAAUAAGCUGUAAAUUAUUCAGUGGAUAAUUUUUCUGAAAAAUUAACGUCUCAGAAUCAAAAUUCAAACGAAUGGUCUUUAAUUUAUUUAACUUUUUGUCCUACGGGUCCAAGGAAAUGGAUUUAUAAUAUGGGGGCUGCACAUAUGGUGAUUUAAAAAUAUUUAGUUAUUAAUAUUAAUCUAUAAAAAUUAAUAAUUUGUGAAAACGUUCUCUAAGUAUAAUAAAUAAUAGUUAAAAAAUUACGUCUAUUUUGUUUUUGUAAAACCAUUUUUAAGGAAUAUUACCUUUAGUGCCUACAAGGCUACAAACAUUUUAAUAACUUAUGACAAAACGUUUACACGGGUAGAUUGGGAUAUUAUAAAAUAUAUAAAAUAGAGGUUUUAAAUAGUUAAUACUUCAACUAUAAUAUUAUGCACUUUUUCUUUUUAAUUAAAAUGGUUAUUACUUGUCUUAUUGGUUAUGAAAUUAUGAAAUAAAAACGCAGUAAAAUUAUAUAGUGGUAUUAACGUGUCGUCGUGGUAAUAAGUAAUAACUAAUAAGUAAUAUUGUAAUAUUUCCUAAAUUUAAUUAUUUUAUAAAUUCGAAGUACCUCACAUUACAUUUUUUGUGGAAUUUCUUUAUCUGUAGUCUACACUCUGUAGCAACUUACUGCCUUAGUGCCUAGACGUGCCUACUGCCUUUCGGGCUUUCGGCUUUCGUAGUAACUGCCAUGGUUGAUAUAUUAUAUAUAUUUCAACCAUGGUAACCAAAUUCGGAGUAGUUGAACGUUGUGAAAGUUUUAAUGUUCGAGGUAAACACUGCAACCCAAAGCAAUUCGUAUUCGUAAUCAUGGCUUAAGAUAAGCUUAUCUUAAGCCAUGUUCGUAAUGCCGACAGACAGUGGUACCAACUUAACAAAAGAUACAUCGAGUGGCAACAAUGAUUGACCAUCCAACUACCAUGGUUAACCGCCGCAUUCAGUGCUUCGCAUUUCGCUUCCAUUUGUAUUUUGUUGUCUGUUGUUGUCUGUUGUUUGACUGUGGCGACUGGCGUCUGUCGCGUUUUCUUCAACACCGUUCGUCGAAUAAUCAAUUUAUUUAUACACAUCAAAAAUGGCAUCAGUAAAAAGAGAAUUACCUGAAUACAUUAAUCUUAAGGUUCUUGGCCAGGAGAACACUGUGAUCCAAUUCAAGAUUAAGCAGCAUACUUCUUUCAAAAAGCUCAUGAUUGCUUAUUGUGAAAGAGCUGGUUUACCUGUGGCAUCUGUAAGAUUCAGAUUUGACGGACAGCCAAUUAGUGAAGACCACACUCCUUAUUCUUUUGGAAUGGAAGAAGGAGAUACAAUAGAAUGUUACCAACAGCAGACUGGCGGUUGCUUUUAUUUUAACUACUAUUAACUAUUUAUUAUUUUAUGUAUAAGUUUAUAUUUUAUUUAUAAAUCACAUUUCAUGUAUAUCAUUAGUUUUUGAAACCGCAAUACCAAAUAUUUUCUAUUUUCCACUAAAGCUGGCAAUAUUAAAAAAAGUUAUGAAUAAUACAAAUUUAUAAUCAACUCAAGAAUUAAUUACAAUAAACAGAUAAAUUUGAUGUGUAUGGAUCAUAGAUAAAAUAUUUACUGUAAAAUUAUUUGUAAACAAAUUUAUUCAUACUAUUAUUAUUUUUUUCAUAUUUCUCUAGCUUAAUAAACUUUUAAUAUAAUCAAUG